AUGGUCUGGGAUCAAGACGCCCUCAGAGCCCGCUUCUGCCAUGCGCUCUCGGAAAUGUACAAAACUGAGGUGCCGUUGUACGGUGACCUGGUCGAUCUGGUCUGGAGAGCCGACGCAGAGGCCAUCAAAGCCGGCCAACAGAUCGGUGGUGAUGCCACCAUCAACCCAGACGACGUCCUGCCCGCAAGGAAUCGCGUGGAACGGCAUGGCGCCAUUCGCCUCGGGACCCAGCUGGAGCUAGCCACCAUUCGACGCAUGUUCGCCGUCAUGGGCAUGUUCCCCGUGGGCUACUACGAUCUCAGCAUGGCUGGCUUCCCCAUGCACGCUACCGCCUUUCGGCCGAAGAGCCGCGAGGCCCUGGCAAAGCAUCCGUUCCGAGUGUUCACGACCGUCUUGCGGAUGGAGCUGUUGACGGAGCGGACGCGACAGUUAGCGCAGCGAGCGCUCCGGCAGCGGGACAUCUUCACAGAUCGAUUGAGGGCUCUGAUCGCGCAGGCUGAAACUUCCCGCCAUCUCAGCUCAGAGGACUGCGUGGAGUUCAUUGCCGAGGGACUCGAGACGUUUAGAUGGCAUUCCGAGGCGACGGUGACGCUGGAAGAGUACCGGGUCUUGAAGGCGGAGCACCCACUGAUUGCGGAUAUUGUCUCCUUCCCUAGCUGUCACAUCAACCACCUCACGCCGCGGACGAUUAAUAUUGACCUCGUCCAGAAGAUGAUGCAGGAGCAUGGGAUGCCGGCCAAGGAGCGCAUCGAGGGUCCCCCACUCCGAGCCCAUCCGAUUCUCCUGCGGCAGACCAGUUUCAAGGCGUUAGAGGAGACGGUCUACUUUCGCGAUGCUCGGAACGAGUACGUCAGGGGGUCGCACACGGCCCGGUUCGGUGAGGUCGAGCAGCGGGGAUGUGCCCUGACGCGGAAAGGUCGCCAUCUUUACGAUCAGAUCCUCGCACGGGUCAACCGAGAAGCGACUGCACAGUCUGCGGACUCGGUGCAGUAUGAGGAGAUCCUGACAAAGCACUUCGGGGAGUUUCCGGACAGUAUGGAGCAGCUCAGAGAUAGGAAAUUGGCGUACUUUUCUUAUCAAGUGGCGCCACGCUCGACCACAGGUCUUCAUGAGCGAACCGGUGUACCUCUCUCUCAGCUCUUGAAAGAAAACGUGCUCGAGUAUGAGCCCAUUACCUAUGAAGACUUUCUGCCUCUGUCAGCCGGAGGCAUCUUCAAUUCGAACCUGGGAAACACGACCCUAUCAAAACAGCUCAUCAUGGAGGCUGAUGCUGACCUUGAUGGAUUCCAGCGCAUGUUGGGUGCUCCGGUCACCGAUGAGUUCUGUUUAUACGAGCAGAUCCAGCAGCAGAGCUUGGACAGAUGCCGGAAACAGUUGGGAAUUGAGGUUAUUGAGGACUGA